AUGAUUUUUAAACGAAGCUCACAUGCAACUGCUUACAUUUUCAGGUACGGUCUCUUGGCGGCGCAUUUGGAUCCGAGAACUCCGGCUGAAGAUUGGGCGCACUGGGGUGAUGAAUCAAAGAAGCUUGAACUUAUUGAGGAAGCUGCUGCCUGUUACGGCCGAGCUGUUCGUCUAGAUGUAAAAAACUGGAAAUACUACGAGAACCGUAUUGAAAUGCUUGACAUACUUAAUCUUCGUCCAUUGGCGAUGCGCACUCGGCUCCAAGCAGCACAAAUGAUCAAUCCUUCUCAAGCUGGUGUAGACUUUGAAUGGUUCCAUGAACUGAUCAAAACAGUAGCACAAUAUUACAUCACCAUAAAUGACGAGGAUCGUGCAAUACUUGCUCUUGAGGCCUUUGUGUUGCGCAGUAAAGAGUUCGGGAGAUCUGCAGACACACAGCACGAAACUUUGAUAGGUUAUCAAACUAUGAUGUGA